ACCAAAUGUCUGCAUUGACGCUAGGAGAGCAUCGGGGGCUUCGUAUCUCAAGGAUGCUUCUUCGUGGCAUGCAAAACAUGAAUGCAACGACGGCGGGUGAUGGUUUCCUUGCUCCGGUCGCAGAUCGGAACGACGACCAAGACGAAGAGGAAGAAAUCAUUGAAUUUCCGGACCAUUACAUAGCCACGACUGGUAGUAACGUGAGUGGACCGGCUUCAACAAGAGGAGUCGUCCUCGUUGGAGGUGGAGGAGGACAAGCAGGGCAGGCACAGAACAAUAGAGCUCCGCUGGCAAAUGGUAGCAACAGAGAAGAACCAAUGCCGAGAGUCAUUCGGACAACUACAACUUCUGGACGAGAAGGGCAUCAGACUCAGAGCCAGACAAGUGGUCGUGGUUCUGGACCAGGAGGCCUUCAGACCCAGAGCCGGACAAGUGGUCGUGGAAGUGGUCACCCUUUGUUCGAUAAUUUUAUUCGAGCUCAAGACGAUCGUUUGAUCGAUACUUCUUCUACGAGUGCGAGGAGAAGAGCUCUAUUCCCAACAGGAGCAACUCCGAAGCCUAAAGCAGCACCAGCUGCACGAGAUGGAGUAGCAGCACCAGCUGCACGAGAUGGAGCGAGGACUAUGUUCAAUAUGUGGAGAAACGGACAGGCCGGGGAGCAAGACCAAGAUGAUGCGCUACUUGGCGCUGUCGUGCGUGGCACACAACGGCACAUAGAGGACCAAGCAAUUCAUAGAGCACAUCAUGAUUAUGCACCGCGUCGAGAACAGGAGGCUUUUCGUGGCCAACCUCCCGAGGCUGACGAGGGUCAGCCUCAAGCCCAAGGAUCAAUGCGAACUAGAACAAGAACAUCAAGAAGGAGAACUUCAUCUUUUUUAGAAGAAUACAACUGCGUACUAUCUGCGAUUGCUGCCUCAUGUAGAGAAGCGGAAGAAGCCCUCGGAUCACAGAACCGCCGCAAACUUUUAGAACCCUUUCUGCGACCUUCCUGGUGCAGUAUUUCAGGUGUCGCAGUGGGUCAGCUAGCUCGUAGAAAACAACUCAUCUCUGUGAUCCUGUUCCUCUCCACCGUCGUGGGCAGUUUUUGUGGCCAGUUUCUCGACAACCUCCAUCAAGCCUCGAGAACCUGCUCAACAGCAGGGGUUGCAGCAGCAAUGCCUUCAGAUCAUGGUUUUGCAUUGCCUCUACCUCUACCAUCGUGUGAAGCCACAGGAGGAUCCAGCACCACUGGGGCUUCUUGCAUUUUUCCUCUGGGUCUGGCACCACGCAGAAUUAUCAGAGUUUUGCUGUCUUCAUUGAUCAUGGUGAUAUCGAAAGUACAAGGUGGAGGGGGGUCGAGUAGAGGGACA